CCGUUUCCCUCCCCUCAGCUUCUUACCCGCCCCCCCCCCUUUCCCCUUCAAGAAGCCGGCUCUGGGGCGCGUUCACCCCUGUGAGGAGGCCGGAGGCCAGACUCGGGAGGCGCUCUCUCCACUCCCGGAAGAUCAUGUACCAGCCUUGCCGGGGGGCGGCCCGACAUCUCGGCCCCUGCCUCCGCGCCUACCAAGUUCGACCCCAGGACCAGCUUUCUCCAUGGGCCCUACCAUUCCCACCACUUUGGCCCCACUCCACAACAACCACUUCUACAUCUUCUCCCAUCCUCUGGUCUCCCCCACCCCCAUGCCCUGCCACUCGGUUACUUCCUCAGACUCCCCCACUACCUCUACCUCUCCCUCAGGUCGAGGCCCUCAACUCACCAUGGGUGGUUCUCCCUCCAGGAAAUGGGGAGGAGGGACUGGGACCUGAGUUGCACAGGGGUUGCCUGGAAGGGCUUAGAAGCCUCUUUGAGGGACAACCUCCCUGCCCCUAUCCUGGGGCUUUGAUACCCUUCCAAGCCCCUGGUACUGCCCACCCUUCCCCUGCCACUCCAUCAGGGGAUCCCAAUAUGGAGGAGCACUUGGCAGUCAUGUAUGAAAGACUGAGACAAGAGCUUCCCAACCUCUUCCUUUAUUCCCACGACUACACACUCUACUCAUCAGAUGUGGAAUUCAUCAAUGAGAUCCUGAACAUACGUACCAAGGGCCGGGCAUGGUACAUUCUAUCAUUGACCCUCUGCCGUUUCCUGGCCUGGAACUAUUUUGCACAACUUCGAUUGGAGGUUCUACAACUGACCCGCCACCCUGAAAAUUGGACCCUGCAAGCCCGUUGGAGGCUCGUGGGGCUGCCCAUCCACAUGCUAUUUCUGCGAUUCUACAAGCGUGACAAGGACGAACUUUACCGGACCUACGAUGCCUAUUCUACCUUCUUCCUGAAUUCCAGUGGCCUCAUUUGUCGCCAUCACCUAGAUAAACUGAUGCCUUCACACUCACCCCCAACACCUGUGAAGAAGCUGCUAGUGGGAGCCCUGGGAGCCCUGGGGCUGUCAGAACCAGAACCCAGCUUACAUGUGUAUUCUAAGGCCUGAGGGAGAACUGGGGGGAGGACAGCACUGAAGACUUUGUAACGCACAAGAGAAGGGGAUGGAGGCAGCCAAGAGUCUCAGGAGCCAGCUUCCUCCCCUUAUUUGUCUCCUUCCUUUCUUUCCAUCUCAUGCUGUGUAAAGCUGCUGUAUAAUUUAACUUGUAAAUAAUAAAACUAAAGUGAAUAUGUAAUAGA